UGGCUCCUAGACCCACAUCUGCCCCUCUUCGGCUUCAGCCAAGUCUGGGGUCCGGGGCAGGGGGCCCUGCCUGUACUGCAUGUCCUCCUCGGAAUUCUUGAGCGGGGGCAGGGGUCAAGGUUGAGAAAGUCCGUUAGAGACAAGCACAAAUGGGCUUUGGCCCUCCAGAAGCCAGCAAGAGAACCUGAGAUCGUGCCGGGCACAGGCGGGUCCCUGGCCUGUGAGAGGGGGACCAGGUGGCUGCAGACGUCCACCCCACUGACCCAAGGUCAAUGGGCAGGGGCUGCUCCUCCGAGUGACGCACCUGUGACGAGGUACCCGGAGCUGGUCAAAGCGUCCCAGCCUACAGCACGUCACCCCAGGGCAUCUGCAGCCUGGAGGCUGGGUCCGUCUGCAUCAGUUUGGAAAGUCCAACUGACAUAGAUAAAGAGGUCUUCCAACUACUGCUUCACCCCACAAGUGGCCACAACAGCUGAGGCUACACCAGGCUGAAGCCAGCAGCCAUCUUGGUUUCCUGCAUGGGUGCAGGGGCCCAAGGGCUUGAACCAUCUUCUGUUUUCCCAGCCUCGGAGGGGAAAGAGGAAAGGGCCGUGGCCACCUGCGUCUGGGGGUGCCUUCCCCCUCUUAAACUUCCGGGCACGGAGACGGCGACUCCACCUCGCACGGACUGUAGGAGAAGGGACGGAAAGAGUCCAGAACAUUCCGCCAGAUGUUCCAGCUGUGACUUCUCCCCGGCCCCUUGAUGGGACCACCGGCUGGCUGGACGCACGGGGACGCAGAGGCACGAAUGGGUCCCCAGCUGGAUGAAAGGACCCCGGCGUGGAGGCCAGGAGAUGGGGGCGCGGCCCCUUCGCCCCUGCCCCCAGCCCUGUCCUUCCUUCUCCUCCUGCCGCUGGCCAGUGCCCUCCAGCCCACUCCACUGCCCUUCCCAGCUUGUUUCUCCGCAGAGCUGAGGCUGGUGGGGGGCCCCAGCCGCUGCCGGGGGCGCCUGGAGGUCCUGCACGACGGCUCCUGGGGGAGCGUCUGCGACGACGACUGGGACGUAGUGGACGCCAACGUGGUGUGUCGCCAGCUGGGCUGCGGCCUGGCGCUGCCGGUGCCGCGGCCGCUCGCCUUCGGCCAGGGCCGGGGCCCCAUCCUGUUGGACAACGUGGAGUGCCGCGGGCAGGAGGCGGCGCUGAGCGAGUGUGGCAGCCGCGGCUGGGGCGUACACAACUGUUUCCACUACGAGGACGUGGCCGUCCUGUGCGAGGAAUUCUUGCCCUCGCAGUAUGCCACAAGGAGAGCGCUGACCAGCAGCGCGCCCCCUCCAUCUCUGCAGAAUGGGAGAGACGAAGGCAGCGUGCGCCUGGCGGGGGGCGCGGGCCCGUGUCAGGGCCGCGUGGAGAUCCUGCACGCUGGGGUGUGGGGCACCGUGUGCGACGACGACUGGGGGCUGCCGGACGCCGCCGUGGUCUGCCGCCAGCUGGGUUGCGGCGCGGCCCUGGCCGCCACCACCAACGCCUUCUUCGGCUACGGCACGGGCCACAUCCUGCUGGACAACGUGCACUGCGAAGGCGUUGAGCCGCAGCUGGCCGGCUGCUCCAGCCUGGGCUGGGGCGUGCACAACUGCGGGCAUCACGAGGACGCGGGCGUGUUCUGCGCAGUCCUGGACCCUGCAACUCCUACAGCACCGCCACCCUCAGCCACAAGAGACGACUCGGCCUGGCACACGGAGCGCGCAGCUACUCGGGGCGGUGCCCAGCCCUCGGGGGAGACUGCGUCGCUGACCACCGCCGCCUGGGCAGCGGGGAGGAAGAGCGGGCGGCUGCGGCUGGUGGGCGGCCCGGGCCCGUGCCGCGGCCGCGUGGAGGUGCUGUACGCCGGGGGUUGGGGCACCGUGUGCGACGACGACUGGGACUUCGCGGACGCGCGCGUGGCCUGCCGCGAGGCGGGCUGCGGACCCGCGCUGGGCGCCACGGGCCUCGGGCACUUCGGCUACGGCCGCGGCCCCGUGCUGCUGGACAACGUGGGCUGCACGGGUACCGAGGCCCGCCUGAGCGACUGCUUCCACCUGGGCUGGGGCCAGCACAACUGCGGUCACCACGAGGACGCCGGCGCGCUCUGCGCAGGCCCAGAUGAGUUGGUCCAGCAGGAGGGGUCUGAGACCACGCGGGUGCCCACGCCUCGGCCCAGGGACGGGCACCUUCGUCUGGCCAACGGAGCCCACCGGUGCGAGGGGCGCGUGGAGCUCUUCCUGGGGCAGCAGUGGGGCACCGUGUGCGAUGAUGCCUGGGACCUGCGGGCAGCCGGCGUCCUGUGCCGCCAGCUGGGCUGUGGCCAGGCCCUGGCGGCCCCCGGCGAGGCCCACUUCGGCCCGGGCCGGGGCCCCAUCCUGCUGGACAACGUCAAGUGCCGUGGGGACGAGAGCACGCUGCUUCUGUGCUCCCACAUUCGCUGGGAUGCUCACAACUGUGACCACGGCGAGGACGCCGGCGUCCUGUGCCGGCCGUUAUGACCCAGCCGGCCCUGCAGGCCACCCCUCUCCUCCUCCUCCUCCUGUGGCUACUGCAGUUCACUUCGCCCCUUCCUGCCCUUGCCUGGGAGAGAGCCUGCCCUGAUGGGGUGGUCCUGCAGGGGGCAGGCGGGGUGGGGUGGGGGGAGCCCGGCCCUGCCUGCUCACCGUGUGACCCCAGCCUGUCAUCAGCUAUUGUGGGUCCACUUCCACGGACACGCCCAUGUUUUGCUUGGCCAGAACAAAACGAGGGGCAGGGAAAUCACCCCUCACCCCCUGUCCUAGGUGGGGCUCCUAUUCCGACACCCUCGACCUCUGUCUUCCCCGACCUGCAGCCCGGGGGCCUCACCGUGAAUGGGGCGCCUCAGUCUCCCAGGGCCUGCCCUGUUCUCCCAGGGCCUGGACUCGGAUGGUGCUCGGCUGGACCAGGGGACUGGAGGGGCCGAAGCAGGGACAGGGGCCCCUCCCCGCAGCGGGAACCAGCGUCUCUCAUGUGUGCUGCCCCCACCACAGAGCUCCCACUUUGCAGCCGCAAAGAAUGCGGGGGGGGGCCUGUAGCCACCCUUUCACAGGUGCCAAGAGAAUAAAGCACUGUCCCCGGUCUGUUGAUGGAA